AUGACCAGGUACAGAGCCGCCAUGAUGAUCACCGAGGCAACGGACGCCAUCCUGUGUAGGGGGUUCUUCGCCACCAUGGACGGGCAGGCGCAUGAUUGGUUCGGAUCCCUCCCAGCGGGGUCCAUCUCCACCUUUGCGGACCUCACCCGGCAGUUCCUAUCCCAUUUCGCCACCAGCAUACAACGGAAGAAGCAAAUUGCCGACCUGUGUGAUUUGAAGCAGGGGAGCUCGGAAUCACUAGCCGAGUACCUCAGCAAGUGGAAGAAAGAGGUCAUGGGGGUCGCCGACUUUGAUGCGAAAUCGGCCAUGGUAAUUUUCCGGAACAACUUGAGGUCGGGCGCUUUUCACCAGGACCUCAUCAGGUACCCCCCCAGGACCUACACCGACCUAAUGGACAAGGCAGCGAGGUACGCUGACGCCGAGGCUGCCGAGAAGAAGAAGAAGGAGUAG